AUGUCUGCAUCUUCUGUGCAAACCGUGUCAUCCGGCAAGAAAUCCGACGGUGAACCACCAUCUUUGUCACUCAGUUUCAUUGAUGAUUUGAAUCCGUCCAAAGAUAUGUGGAAUCUCAAGUGUCGAAUCAUUCGGAAAUGGGUUCAGUCCUUUCGGAUGGAUCUGAUCUCGCUCGAUGACAAGGGCCGUAAGAUUCAGGCAGGGAUUAAGGCUCCAUUGAUACCUGUGUUUAUCUCACAGCUUCAUGAGGAUGAAGUUGUUAUUCUCUCCAGAUUUGGUGUUGGAGAAAACACUGAUGCUUACAAAGUUAUUAACCAUGGUUACAAGAUUAACUUUUACCGGUGUACGGUUGUUACACGUGCGAAUGGUUGGCAAGGUGUUGAUUACGGAUUUAAUUUCAUCGCACAUUCACACAUUGUUAAUGGAGAAGGAAAGGAUAUGCUCACGUGCGGUAUGACUGUUUCUGAUAAUCUGAUAUAUGUUUUGCCUCCCUUUCAAAUCUCAAUAAUUUAUGUUGCUAUGUUUACCAUUUUAGAUGUUGCUGGAAUUGUUGUCUGGGGAGAAGUAGUCCGUUGUACUUUGUGGAAUGCGUAUGCACAAGAAUUUAAUGAUUUUUUGUCUCAAAACUCUCCGAAUGAGACUGUGAUGGCAGUCAUUCAACAUGCGAGGAUUAGGAAGUGGCAGGGUCAAUAUACUGUUCAGAGUGAUAAGUUUGGAAGUCGUCUAUUUCUCAACCAAGAAAUUGAUGAGAUUAAUGAACUUCGCAGGAGUCUUUUAGUGAAACAAUUUGAAGCUGGUGCUUCUUCUUCUCAAACCAUUCGUUCAUCUCAGAGUGUAUUUCCAGUCCGUCAAGAAUUUCUAAUUGAGACUCCUAAGAGACAUGUUGAUGAAAUUAUUGAGAUUGAUAGCGUAAUGUCAUGUGUGGUAGUUGCAACGAUCAAAAUUGUUCAACAAAACUAUGGCUGGUUUUAUCCGGCAUGUCGAGACUGUAACAAGAAGGUGUUGACCAAAAUUGAGUACUUACAAUAUGCUAAAACCAUUUCUGAUGAGGUCAUGAAUCUGUCACCUACUUCAUUGGUUUGUCCGAAAUGCGAUAAAGAAUGCACAUCGAUAACCAUAAAGUUCAAAGUACAUUUGAGAGUGCAAGAUGAAAUUGGCAGCGUUUCUUUUGUGAUGUUUGAUAAAGAUGUAAUGAAGCUUAUUGGUUCAACUGCGAAUGAUAUAAGGGAACGCCAAGUGAAGGUCGAUGAUACUGAAACUUUUCCCCAUGAAAUAUCACGGUUGGUCGAAAAGAAGUUGGCGUUUAAAAUUGAAGUUUCUGAUUACAACCUUAACCAUGACUACCACAUCUACACGAUCCAAAAAGUAUGUGAUGAUCUGGACAUAAUCGCUGAAUUGGUUGUUGGUAAUGGAAAUGCUCUUGAGGUUGCUGAUGAGAUGGUCGGUACUGAUAUUUCAAAGGAUGUUGUAUCUGUUAUGGCCGACUCUUCCGUUGUCGAAGUCGAGAAGGAUUCGGCCACCAGUCCUAAUAGUAAACGUUCGUUGCAGGAUGUGGAAGGUCAAAAUGUUGGGGAACUCUCUUCUAACAACAAAAGGAACCGGAGGAAGCCAUCUAGGCUUAACACUUAG